UUCAAGACGAUAAUGUUACUCAUACUCACGAAUAAUGUUGAAUAAAUUUUCAUUCAAGAUAUUGGGCACGAUAGGUACUUUAUUACAAUACGGGUGCGUAACUCACUGUGCGUUAGAAUACGUCGGUGAUUUUGUCGUGUGUACAGGGCCUUCCAUGGAGCCAACAAUUUACAGUAACGAUGUACUACUAACGGAGCACGUAUCACCGCGACUACAACGUAUACACAGAGGAGAUAUAGUUAUCGCAAAAUGCCCAUCGAACCCAUGUCAACACAUUUGCAAACGGGUGACUGGUGUCCCGGGAGACAAAAUACAUGAUGGCUUUUCAACGUACAUCGUACCUAUUGGUCAUGUUUGGCUCGAAGGUGAUAAUAGCAACAAUUCAUCGGAUUCUCGUAUGUACGGCCCCGUUCCACAGGCCCUGUUACGAGGUCGUGCAAUGUGCAAAGUUUGGCCGCCCAGCAAUAUUACCGUGUUCACGACGAAUUACGCCCACCACAAAUGAAACAUGUACCUAACUAAUACAAGCAAAUAGUGCAGUGUAUUCGUUACCUAGAUUACUUGUAUUCAUUUCAUAUUUUUCUGCACCGAAGAUUACUGGCCAUUAUAUAAUGCAUAUAUUCCACGGUAGCAGUAAUUGUGCAUAAGAUGUAUGCAAUUUAGAAGUAAAAAUAUGUUUCUUAAA